AUGAGCAGAUCCCACUUUGCGCUGGAGACGGAUGAUGGCCUUGCGGAGGAUCCGAACGGAGCCACGAAGGGGGCAGCUGGGGCGGAGCAUGGACUGCCACCCUUGGAGAGCCCUUUCCAGAAGGAAGCCCCUCCCUCCCCCCAGAUCCGGGUGAACCUGAAUUACCGGCCAGGACUCGUCCCACCGGAUGAUCCAAAUUACUUCGACAACAAGCGCAUUUUCCAAGCCGUAGUCGCGGGAGGCCCGGAACGGCUCAAUGGCCUGAGUAAUUAUCUGCGGAGAACGUCCACCUUUCUCACCGACACUCAAUUUAGAGAUGGGAAGAAGGGGAAGACCUGUUUGAUGAAGGCCUUGCUCCAUUUGAAAGAUGGACAGAACCCCACUAUCCCUUUGCUCCUGGAGAUAGACAAGGAGACAGAGAACCCCAGGUCUUUGGUCAACACCGCUUGCACUGACAGCUACGAGGGCCAAACAGCGCUCCACAUCGCCAUUGAGAAGAGGAACCUUGCUCUUGUGAAGCUCCUGGUGGAGAACGGGGCUCGUGUCCAUGCCAAGGCUUCUGGUUUUUUCUUCAAGAAGGACCACAAAGAGGCUCGCUUUUAUUUCGGUGAACUUCCUCUCUCCUUGGCUGCUUGUACCAACCAGCCAGAAGUGGUCAUGUACCUUCUGGAUAACGAAUACCAGAAGGCCAGGCUGACCGAGAAGGAUUCCAUGGGCAACACCGUCCUCCAUGCGCUGGUGAUGGUGGCCAAUGACACGGAGAAGAACACUGAGCUCGUGGUCAACAUGUACGAUAUGAUCCUGGUGAAAGGGGCCGAGAUUGACCCUUCCUACAAAUUGGAAGAGAUUAAAAACAAUGAACAGCUGACUCCUUUAACGCUGGCCGUCAAGACCGGGAAAGUCGAGAUCCUUAAGCACAUAUUCCAGCGAGAAAUGAAGGACCCCAAGUUCCAGCAUCUUUCACGCAAGUUCACCGAGUGGCGCUAUGGUCCCAUCCAAAUGUCCCUCUACGAUUUGACCUCCAUCGACAGCGAAGAUGAGAACUCAGUGCUGGAGAUCCUGGCCUACAACAGCAACAUUCCAAAUCGGAACAAAAUGGUGGCCCUGGAACCCCUGAACAUGCUGUUUCGUUACAAGUGGGAAUCCUUCGUUAGAAAAAGGUUUUUCUUCAGCUUAUUCCUCUAUGGGACUUUCAUGACGAUCUUCACAGUCACUGCUUAUCACCACCCGCCAAAGCAUGAGGGUCUUCACUUCUGGAGGAGACGAUUCUCUCUGAAAGGUUUACUAAAGGGCAGCUGGUUCAGCAUAUUCCUGUUUGUGCAGGCAUCCAAUAUCUUGGCCUCAUGCGGGAUGUUCUUUGCAAAGAUGGAGAGCUACAUAGUGCCCAUGGUCUUCGCUUUGCUUUUGGGCUGGGUGAACAUGAUCUACUACAUCCGCGGGUUCAAGCACAUGGGAAUCUACAUCGUGAUGAUCCAGAAGGUCAUCUUGGAGGAUCUAUUGCAUUUCCUGUUGAUUUAUAUGGUCCUCCUAGUGGGUUUUACAACAGCUCUCAUCUUUCUCACUGGGAGCGCUUACGUCUUGGCGCACAACGCAUCUGUCCCGCUCAGCGACCACUCAAAAGACCACGGCAUACAUCUGGGGCCGCUUCAGACGGCUCUGCUGCUCUUCAGGUUCACCAUCGGCAUGGGCGACCUGGAGUACAAGGAGAACUUGAAGCACAGCUACGUCGCGAUGCUGUUGGUCCUCCUCUUUGUCGUCUUGACCUACAUCCUCUUGCUCAACAUGCUGAUUGCCCUGAUGAGCGAAAGGGUCGCCAAAAUCUCUGAGCACAGCAAGAGCGUCUGGCAGCUGCAGAGAGCCAUCACUAUUCUGGAGGUAGAGAAACACUGGACCAGAUGUUGGAAAAAGCCCCAGAGGGCCAGCUGUUACCGCCCCAUCGGCUCUGAGGACAACAGGUGGUUUUUUCGAGUCAAAGAGGUGAACUGGGAAGAUUGGACUGAAAAACUGGUCCUCAAAGAAGAACCCCAGAGGACGGAGUUUCUGGAGAAGUCGUCGGUCAGCGCAAACUCAGAACACAACACUCCUCCCCCCUUAAGUUCGCGCAGGCGUAGUCCUGCAAGUAAGCUGGACGCCGCCUGA